AUCUCAAGCUGUUUCAGUUCCCGUCCAGUUCACGUGGGAGUCAGAAUGAGUUGGAGACAGAAUGUGGACGGCGAUGCAGGAAACAUGAGAUUUUAGAAAAAACGUGUGUCAUUGGGUCACAGGAUCGCCCCCUGGGAAGGGAAGACGUUUGUGCGGUUGUUGAGGUGUGGCGGCAGGCUUUGGGUUUACGUUGAUGCUUUUCAGGAGAAGACACGCUGCAGUUUCACGGCUUUAAAGACUCUGGAUAUCUGUCGAGAGGCAGAGAAAGCAGAUUAAACGGAUUCCUCACAUCUGAACAGCUCAGUCCUGUACGUGUCUUCGUCUGUCUUUCUCUGACUGGCUCUACUUGAACACUCAAAGAAGCUUAUUGACAGGUUUUGGAAGCUGAUCUGUAUGCAGAGGGAAAUCUACCAUGACUGUGAUGUCAUUGACACACCGCAGAUUCUGAACCAUGGGUAACACAGAAAGUCAUAGCGGCAGCCAUGGUUAUUAUGGAGAUGGCCAGCGACAUAUCUCCCGUAAGCACAUGUCCCGCUCGCUGCGCCUGUCCAGCAAGCAGACGUACUGUUCCCGCCGAACGCCGUCUGGAAAACCAGAGCAUCGCAACUCUGAGACCAGCACGCGCUCCAGCAGCACUCCCAGCAUCCCUCAGUCGCUGGCCGACCACGGCCUGGAGCCCUUCAAUGACUCGGACGUGCUGCCCGACUUCAGCAGCCCCAUAUGGGUGGACCGCGUGGCCAUGAACCUCAGACCCAUGUCCUUCCACAACCAUCCGGCCCAUUCGCCUGCCUCCACCGCCAAACAAGCCACGCAGGACGAGACCGAGCCGCUGGAGGGCACAACACUCGUCCAGUGCACUCGGGACUCCCAAGAGGCGUCCAGCUUUAAAAAGAAGCGCUCUAAGUCUGCGGACAUGUGUAGGGAGGAUUCGCUAGAGGUGUCCUUAUCUGACCUGAGCCAGGAGCACCUGACCAGCACGGAGGAGAUCGGAGACACGCCGGACGACUGUGAAAACAGUUUACAGUCGUCCGCUCAGGAGCUGCUGGAUUCAAACCGUGCCAGUUCUUUAGACGAGCUCUACGGACCCAAGAGCCCCGCCUGCAGGCCCACGCACGGACGCUACGCCAAAUGGCACAAGGGCGGCGCCACAAGCAGAGAAGGUGACGAGGAUAAGAUGAUCUCGCCCUGUGAAGACGACGGAGCCGCAUACGGCGCGUAUACUCUGCCCUGCCGCCGGUCUCACUGUCUGUCAGAGGGACCGACCAAUCAGCAAGGAGCUAUGCAAGGGAGGCGGGCACAAACCAUACAGGAUGUCACAGCGGGAGAUGGCAGUGAUUAUGAGGACAGCGGUAUCGAUGGGCUGACGGGGGACAGUGAGGCGUCUCAGCACCACGCUCGACGCUAUAAGACCAUGUCUGUGUCUUUCUCCGCUUACUCCACGUCAGCAGGGGGCGCCUUCGCCGGGAGCGACAGUGGGAGCAGCAGCGGGGCCGGAGCGGGACCCUCAGAUGGCACACAGGGCGUCUAUGAGAACUUCCGUCAGGAGCUGGAGCAGAGCGUGAGUCCGCUGGAGGUCCCCGAGGAGAGAAGCUCAGCGUUCAGCGACGAACAGAGCAGCGUGACCCUGAGCUCGGCUUAUCACACCGACCCUCUGCUGAACGUGGCCGCCGUGCAGGGAACCGUGCGCAAAGCCGGACGCCUCGCCGUCAAAAACUUCCUGGUGCAUAAAAAGAACAAGAAGGUGGAGCUCGCCCCUCGCCGCAAGUGGAAGAGCUACUGGGUGUCCCUCAAAGGGUGCACUCUGUUUUUCUAUGAGACGGAUGGCCGGUCAGGCAUCGAUCACAACAGCGUCCCUAAACAUGCCGUGUGGGCCGAGAACAGCAUCGUGCAGGCCGUCCCAGAACACCCCAAAAAAGAUUUUGUCUUCUGCCUGAGUAACUCGCUCGGAGACUCUUUUCUUUUUCAGACGUGCAGCCAGACUGAGCUUGAGAACUGGAUCACGGCCAUCCACUCAGCCUGCGCCGCGGCCGUCGCUCGUCAACACCACCGUGAAGAUACGGUGCGUCUGCUGCGGGCCGAGAUCCGAAAGAUGGAGCAGAAGAUCGACAUGGAUGAGAAGAUGAAGAAGAUGGGAGACAUGCAGCUCUCCGCUGUCACCGACGCCAAGAAGAGGAAGACCAUUCUGGAGCAGAUUUUCCUGUGGGAGCAGAAUUUAGAGCAGUUCCACAUGGAUCUCUUCCGUUUCCGCUGUUACCUGUCCAGCCUGCAGGGGGGCGAGCUUCCCAACCCCAAACGCCUGCUGGCCUUCGCCUCCCGUCCCACCAAACUGGCCAUGGGCCGACUGGGCAUUUUUUCAGUCUCUUCCUUCCAUGCACUGGUGGCAGCUCGCACUGAGAGUGGCGUGAGGCGUAGGACACAGGCGAUUUCGCGCUCCACUAGCAAACGCAAGAGUCGCUUCUCCUCACUGUGGGGUCUGGACACCCACUCCAAGAGAAAGAGUAAAGGGCAUCCCAGCAUCAGCCAGGUUUUUGCGGAAGGAGAUGAUCAAGUUCAACGUCCUCUUGAAGGCACGUUUGAGGGAUCCUCCUGUGAGAAGACGAAAGACACCAAGACCCCAGUGAAAGGUCUGCCAAGACCCAACACAGACCACGACAUCUGGUCCAGAGACCACCUCACUCCAUCAUGGGUGCUGCUGCCAAACGACCGGCCUGUGUUAGCCAUCAUCCAACCCGGAGAGUCGCCCCUCGACAUGCUGGAAUCCAUCUGCAAGGCUCACCAACUGGACCCCACUAAACACUACAUGCGGCUCAAGUUCCUCAUUGAGAACCAAGUGCAGUUUUAUAUCCCCAAACCGGAGGAGGAUAUUUAUGAUCUGCUGUAUAAGGAAAUCGAGCUGUACUGUAAGAUCAGGAAGAUCAUCCAGUUUGAUCGGGACGAGUCCUGCAUGAUCGGCUACGGUUUCUCUAUCUCUGUGGUGGAAGAGGACAGCGUUCAGCAGCUCUAUAUCACUGACGUGAGAGCUGGAGGACUAGCGUUCGCUAAAGGUCUGAACGCAGGAGAUGAGAUUCUGCAGCUGAACGGGAAGGACGCACACACUCUGACCUUCGCUGACAUGAAGGUGGCGUUCGCUCAGGUCUCUCUCUCUCUCACCGUCAACACGCUGCCCCCUGUUGACCGCCGACAGCUCUGCUUCCUGCCACCGAGACGCUCGGACGCUGUGGACAACAUCUACACAGACAUCUUCUCUCAGAGUCAGGAGGAGAUUCUUGACGAUGGAGUGGGUCUGAUCGUGGAGACUUCAGGAGACGGUUUAGACGACGACUUGGAGCUCUUCGCUGAGUUUGACGACUGCAACAGACACAGCAAACGCUCGUCGGACUCCAUCUACGACCUGCUGCACCUGAGUACGGAGCAGGUCGCAGCUUUCUGCCGCAGUCUGCACGAGAUGAAUCCCUCGUCUGAGUUCGUCUCUUCCUCGUCCGGACCGGAGUCUUCCUCACUUCCUCAGAGCAACGCCACUCCACGCCAGCUCUCCGAUGCCGACAAACUCCGCAAAGUCAUCUGUGAACUGGUGGAGACGGAGCGCACCUACGUCAAAGAUCUGAACUGUUUGAUCGGGCGAUAUUUAACCCCGCUGCAGAAGGAGUCUUUCCUCACUCAGGAUGAGCUGGACGUGCUGUUCGGAAACCUCCUGGAGAUGCUGGAGUUUCAGGUGGAGUUUCUGAAGACUCUGGAAGACGGAACCCGGCUGGUCCCAGACCUGGAGAAACUGGAGCGAGUGGAAGAGUUCAAGAAAAUCCUCUUUUCUCUGGGCGGCUCGUUCCUGUAUUACGCCGACCGCUUCAAGAUCUACAGCGCUUUCUGUGCCAGCCACACCAAAGUGCCCAAAGUGCUUGUCAAAGCAAAAACAGACGCGGCCUUCAAGGCGUUUCUGGACGAGCGUAACCCUAAACAGCAGCAUUCGUCCACGCUGGAGUCGUAUCUGAUCAAACCCAUCCAGAGAGUGCUGAAGUAUCCUCUUCUCCUGAGAGAGCUGCACUCGCUCACAGACCCCGACAGCGAGGAGCACUACCAUCUCAACGUUGCAAUGAAAGCCAUGAACACAGUGGCCAGUCACAUCAACGAGAUGCAGAAGAUCCACGAGGAGUUUGGAGCCGUCUUUGACCUCCUCAUCUCUGAACAGACCGGAGACAAGAAAGAGGUUGCAGACUUGUCUAUGGGAGAUUUACUCCUCCACACCAGUGUGACAUGGAUCAACCCGUCCUCCUCACUGGGAAAGUGCAAGAAAGAGCCACAGCUGGCCACAUUCGUGUUCAAAACCGCUGUAGUGUUCAUCUGUAAGGAUUACUCCAAGCAGAAGAAGAAAAUGAGUGGUUCUCACAGAGCAUCUGUCUCAGGUGAAGAGAAAGAUCCCUUCCGUUUCCGCCACAUGAUCCCCACUGAUGCACUUCAGGUGCGCACACUGUCCAAUACAGAUGGAGAGAGCGCAGCAGUGUGUGAGAUCGUCCAUGUGAAGUCUGAAUCAGAGGGAAGACCAGAGAGAGUGUUUCAGCUCUGCUGCAGCUCUCCAGAGAGUAAGAAAGACUUCUUGAAGACGGUUCACUCCAUCUUGAGAGAUAAACAGCGGCGUCAGCUGUUGAAGACGGAGAGUCUUCCUCUGAGUCAGCAGUACGUUCCCUUCGGAGGAAAGCGCCUGUGUGCGCUGAAAGGAGCCCGACCGGCCAUGAACAGAGCAGUGUCUGCCCCGACUCGUACUCUGGGCCGGAGGAAACUUGUGCGCAACCGCUUCACCAUCGACACAGACAUUGUUUUCGACACCGAGCCCGACAGCGACUCGCCAGACUCCCAGCAUGCUCAGCAGCAGGGCGUCGUUCCGGCGGGCGACACCGACCGCUGGGUGGAGGAACAGUUCGACCUUCAGCGCUACGAGGAGCAGGACGUGAAGGAAACGGACAUCCUGAGCGACGACGAUGAGUUCUGCCAGUCCGCUCUGAGCCCGUCCACCGAGCCGGACCUGGAGGGAGCGCUCUCCGCCCUCUCGCUGGAGGAGGAAGAGAAGAGCAAGAAGGACUACAAAUCCCAGCAUGCCAAGCUGUCUCACUUAGGGAAGCAGUGUGCUAUGUCAGUCGCCAGUGUGGAUGAGCAGGUGCCCGAUGAGGACAUCUGGGUGCGACGGGACGGCAGCACGGAGAACGACACACAGGACGAAACCCACAGCUGAAACACAUCAGGAGACGACCUCAAUUAAAGGAAUAGUUCACCCAAAAAUGAAAAUUUGCUGAAAGUUUACUCAUCCUCAGGCCAUCUGAGAUGUAGAUGAGUUUGUUUCUGCAUCAGAUUUGGAGAAAUGUAGCAUUGCAUCAGUGUCUCAUCAAUGGAUGCUCUGCAGUGAAUGGGUGCCGUCAGAAUGAGAGCUGAUAAAAACAUCACAGUAAUCCACAGCACUCCAGUCCAUCAGUUAACAUCUGAAGAAGAUAAUAUAAUAUAUAAUAUUUUUUCUCCAGUCAUCUGGUCUGACCCAGGAGAGAAAUCUGCACGGAUCAAACACAGAUUACAAGCCAAAAACAGUCCAAUACAAAUAUGUUUGGUGUGAGAAACAACAGAUUUUUUCACUGGAGGAUGUGUUAUUAUGGAUUGUAGACUCAUAUUUUAUCUUAAACUAAAACGCUUAAAUUAUAGAUUUGUUUCUUGCAAACAUGCAGCUUUUUGCUUCAUGAGAUGUUAACUGAUUAACUGGAGUACUGUUUGUUAUUAUCAGCUGUUAGGACUCUGACGGCACCCAUUCACUGCAGAGGAUCUACUGGUGAGCAAGUGAUGCAAUGCUACAUUUCUCCAAAUCUGAUGAAGAAACAAACUCAACUCAUCUGCAUCUUGGGUGACCUGACAAUGAGUAAAUGUUCAGCCAAUUUUCAUUUUUAGGGGACUGUUCCUUUAAAGCUUUUCAGCCGUUGCAUGACGACAGUUUCUCCACGCUAAUAUUCCCGAAUGUUAGACAUUCCUUUCCAAGUAGCUGUAAGAUAUGAUGCUUUAAACACUUUAGACGAGCUCUACAUGUGCGCUGUGGCCAAUCAGAAACCGCAGGAAACGUUGUGGUACAAUCAAAUAGAAUUAGAAUUGCACAUUCGCCGUUGGACCGCCAACGUCUGCCAAACAUUUCUGUUUCCUUCUUGACAUAUAUAGAUAUAUAUGUAUGUAUGUAUAUAUAAUAUGAUAUAUACAUAUUAUUUCCAAAAUAAGGGCUGUGAUUUAUUUAUUACGUCCUUCAGAUGUAAGAAGAAUGUCAGCCUGAUUAAAUAUCUCACUUUUUAAUUUGUUCGGCAUUGUCUCAUAUUUGUCAUGAGAGGCUGUAAUCGCCGUUUUUCCUUUGGGUUGUAAAUAUUUGUUUAUUUCUUUGUGAUUUAUCUGAAAUGUAAACACUGCGCACUAUUCUGACCUGAAAUCUACAUGUAAUUUGAAAUAUUCAUCCAGUAAUUGUGUGGAAUAUUGAUUUAGAUGUGCACAUCUCAGGUCAAAAUAAUGCUGAAUGUAUUUUGUGAUUCCUUUCAGAGCGGAGGAUAAUUUUUAUUUUUUUUUACAGCUCAUUCUAGGUCAGUUUGUCCUGUUUUACUUGAAUUUUGUUGAUAAAUGCAAUAUGAUUUUUAGCGGAUGGACUGUUCUGUUCUUGUUUAAAUGGCUUGUUGUGGUUCAGCUCUGCAUUAAGGACACAUUACGACCCUCGUUUUGAUGCUCACACUCACGAUUCACACUCGACCAUCCAAACCUUCAUGCAGACUAAAUGCAUACAGUGUAAGGUUUUUUAUUUUACAGUUAAAUUUGAGUUCAUGAUUUAAAAUUCCCAAAUUUGCUGAAUGCAAUCAAGUGAAGCCACUGGAAAAUAUUUUAGAUGAUGCUGAAUUCUAAUUGAAAACGUUCCCAUUGAGCUAUAGAGACUGCAUUUUUAUUUUGUAUAUAGAGCUGUGGAUUGAUAUUAUAUCAAAUAAACUGGUUUCGUACGUA